AUGUUCGCUCCCAGGGCACUCUCGGCUGCGCUAGUUCUCCCUACACUUAUUUCUGCGAUUUGGCUUGAACCGGGCUACCAGCAACGUGUGCUCUCUAUCGGACAGGAAACCCUCUAUAUCGCGCGUCCUGAAUCCGACCCAGCGGGCAAGCGCAACCUGGGGACCCGCAUUCAGGUGACUUCAAAGCCGAACUCGACGCUGUACUGCGCACUCGAUGGGGAUCACUUCACGUCUGGGUACGCGCACUUCACGAACUCGGAUGGAGUAGAGGAUAAACACAUGUUCUGGUGGCUGUUUGAGGCACGGCAAGACCCGUCGAAUGCUCCAGUUGUGCUCGUCUUUGCUGGAGGCCCCGGAAGCUCUGGGAUGCCCUGUCGUCUCGCCCGUGGACGUGAUGGUAAUGGAACGGCUAUUGCGUCACAGUGCCCGUGGACAGAUGAAGUGAACGUGUUGGCCAUUGAUCAUCCUGUUGGUGUCGGAUUCUCCUAUGGAGUGCAGAGCUCCUUACACAACAGCAGUGAGCGGGCGGCGUGGGAUGUCGAUGACUUUCUGCAAGCAUUUUGGGUUGAAUUUCCGCAGCUCUCCGGAAACCAAUUCAUGAUUCAAUCCGCAUCCUUCGGAGGCAACUAUAUACCCCAUAUUGUCGAUGUGAUCCACACUAGGAACAUGGUCGCGCGCGCAGAUCCUUUGAGUAGCCGUUUACCCAAAAUGCCCGACGCUGUAUUUCCUGCUACUCACCAUCAUGAUGACGAUGCAAUUUGGCCAGCACUCAUUUUAAUGUUCAGGUGGUGGAUUCAGGCAAACUGUCAUGAUAAUCCGAUCGUCAAUAGCACGGGAUGUGAUCUCGCAAUCUCCACCAUGCCGGCUUGUCUCGAUGCCGUACAGUAUGCUUAUGAACAGCCUACCAUCGAUAAUCGGUAUUCAGCUACAAUCCUGUGUCAUGGAGGAGAUGACAAAAUUCAGCAUGCCGGAUUCAAUGGCAGAAACCCGUAUCAUGCCACGCAGUUUUGCGACAUCGACGACGUUGACGACUGCUUUCCCCAGAUGCAAUGGUUAGACGAUAUAAUGAGAGAUGAUAGAACACGGAGCGCAGUAGGUGUCCCUGAAGAUGUCAAAUUUGAACAUGUCUCUUGGGAGAGGAUUUACAAACCAUUUGAAGCGAAUGGCGAAAUGGUCAAGUCAGCGUAUCGUCUCCUCGCGCCUGCCAUUGACGCAGGGUUGCGUGUGAUGGUGUAUAACGGGAACACGGAUGGUGUUUGUUCAUGGCGAAGCAAUCUCUCUUGGAAUCCCUACCGUACUCUAAUUCGACAGCAGAUGACCUUGCUACAAACGAAGCAUCGAGAGGCUUUCCGUUCCGCUCCCCAGGUCGUCUGGCCAGGUAUCGGAUGGAUACGGCAAGUCGGUGCAGGCGCCGGGGUGUUCACUUUUGUUAGCGUCGAUGAUGCAGGUCAUUUCGUGGAAUGGGACCGUGAAGAAGCGUUCAGAGAGAUACUUAUCAAGUGGCUGAGGAAUGAGACGUUGGUCUCAUAA